AAUGUAUUCUGCCCUAAUUUCGGUCGAGUAGAAAAAGAAAGCCACAGCCGUUCAGUGGUGAAUCAGUAGAUCAGAGAUGCGUGCUUCUGGUCUCAUCUAGCUUCUUCAAACAGAGAAUUAACGGAAUUUUCAACUCAAGCCAAGUUCCUUUGCAUUUAAUUUUUCCAGCUUGCUGUGAAGAGAGAGUAAGAUGGGGAGGAGGAUAUUGAACGAUGCCUUGAGGGCAAUAGUGAAUGCAGAGAGGAGAAGUAAAUCUACUGUGGAGUUACAGCCCAUUUCUACUGUCACGUCUUCUUUUCUUAAGAUCAUGAAAGACAGGGGAUAUAUAAAAAACUUUCAUGUUUAUGAUCCACACAGAGUGGGAAGGAUAACUGUUGAAUUACAAGGCAGGGUUACUGAUUGUCGAGCUCUUACUUACAGGCAAGACAUUAAGGCAAAGGAUAUAGAAGCUUACAGAUUGCGGAACCUUCCUACACGGCAGUGGGGUUAUGUUGUGGUCACAACUCCGGAUGGUAUAUUGGAUCACGAAGAGGCUAUCAGUCGGAAUGUGGGAGGUCAGGUUCUUGGUUAUUUUCAUUAGAUGUGUCAUCUUUUCAGAUUGUGAGAACUUGGAAUCUCAAAAGGACCAUGAUGGUUCUUGUUUUCUUUUCUUUUUUUGAAGGGUAAAUUAACUUUCAAUUGAAGCCCGCAUCUCCUCUCUCUUUUAAGUGAAAUGAGUUUACUUUAGCUGUAUCAAAAGUAACAGUCAAUGGCUCCUUUAUCAUGUAGUCAAGUUCAGACUUUGCGACGCCUAGAUGAUAUCAUGGAUGUGGCAAAACAUGUUGCUUGAGAGGUUCAGUAAGAUCGAUCCAUGAAACACGAAGGAAAUUAGCUUACCAUGUGUACCUGUUGCAUACUUGAAGCAUUUUGAUUUUGAUUGCCAUUGGGAGCUCUUCAGGCUGAUUGUGCAAAGUAUGGGUAGUUUUCUCGUUUCUUAAAUUCCUCCUGUUUCAGGUCUCAGGUAAAAUCCUAUUUGUUGUGGCUUGGGAGUUGGGACCAUGGGAAUUAGCACUCUCAUAACUAAUGCGUUUUGCAGCAAGUCAAUUAAUUUUUGGUAGAAUAUCAAUAUUUUCUUGUGCAAACGACGUCAUUGAAGGAAAAAAGGCCCUUUGCUUUAUUUUAUUUUCUUUUUGAAUAAAUGAAAUGUUUUGAUUUUUUUUUC